AUGUCCCCCUCACAACCGGGCCUCCCACGGCCACCCUUCAAGACGACCCCAGGCUCAGCAGCAGCAUUCGCACGCACCCUGCCCCGACCGGCCGCCAUGAGCGCGACCGCCAUCUUCGCCACGGCCGCCCUCGCCGCCGGCGCCUACGCCCUGUACGUCCGGCGCUCCGCCGUGCAGGCCGAGGGCCUCGAGGGCAGGCCGCCCUUUGCCAGCUUCGGCUUCCGCUCCCUCAAGCUGCAGAGCGCCGACGUCGUCAACCACAACACCAAGCGCCUCGUCUUCGAGCUGCCCGACCCGGCCGUCAAGAGCGGCCUGACGCUGACGUCGGCCCUGCUGACCAUCACCUUCCCCGGCGGGUCGUGGCUGCCCACCGUGCGGCCGUACACGCCCGUCAACGACCUGAACGACAAGGGCAAGCUAGAGUUCCUCAUCAAGCACUACCCCAACGGCAAGGCCUCGACCUACCUCCAUGCCCUCAAGCCGGGCGACGCCGUCACCUUCGCCCCGAUCCCGGGCUACAAGUGGCGGGCCAACGAGCACGCGCACAUCGCCCUCGUCGCCGGAGGGCAGGGCAUAACCCCCUGCUACCAGCUCGCGCGCGGCAUCCUCGCCGACGCCGCCGACCGCACCCGCGUCACGCUCGUCUGGGGCGUCAACACGGACGACGACAUCGUCCUCGGCGCCGAGCUGUCGGACCUGGCCGCGCAGCACCCGGGCCGCCUCGACGUCGUCUACGUCGUGUCCAAGCCCGAGGCCGGGUCCAUGCACGUGGCGGGCCACGUCACCAGGGAGGUGCUCGAGCGGGCGGGCGUCAAGAAGGGCGCCGGGGACGUGGCCAAGGUCUUUGUGUGCGGGCCCCCGGCCAUGGAGAAGGUGCUCGUCGGCGGCAAGGGCCCCUUUGGCGGCGCGGGCAUCCUGGCCGAGCUGGGCUACGGCAAGAAGGAGGUGCAUCGGUUCUAG